AUCGAAGCUUCUUCCUCGGUUUAAUUUACUUGUGUGUGAUGCCAUCGUAUACAUUUCCUGCCUGGCUUUUUUCCUUCGUUGUGAUGUGCUCGGGACCAGGAACAGGCACACGACCAUCCAUUUAGUUGGGACUAUGUUUUGCCUGACGAGGUAGGCCAAGGUAAGUAAUGCCAUCGGAGUAGGAACCUUUCCUGCCAGGCAUCAAUCAGAUCUGCACCCAACAAGGCUGCCGCGCCGCCCACCUGGACAACCGAACAUCCAUUUUUCUGGAUCUGCUUGGAUCAAACACCAACCCAAAAGUCCUUUUGUUUUUGUUUUUCUUUGCACAACAGAGAAGCCCGCUAUCUGAACGACAUGCAUGCCCUUUAUAGGAAUUCCCAGCACGACAAAGGAAUUGACUUGUGUGACCGAAGCAAUCAAUACCGGCCAGCAGUUACCAAUAAGCAGCGGCUCGUCAUGAUUUCUAUUUAACUACAAACCAGCCCACGUUCUUGCUUUCUUGACCUUCUCCAGACUUGUUCAAAGUUUUCGGAUCAUCUAUGUUCUGAAAAUAGCAGCCUCGUUCUCUCUUGGGCAGCGGUGUUGUGCUGGGUCACAAUAUCGGUAUAUCACUUCUUCAGUGCUCCAUGACACGUCGCCGUCAUGCAGUGAAACUUUUUUUCCACAUGCCCAUGACACGCAAAUCCCCUCCGAAAUAAACACUUCUAACUGCGACUGUGUGAGGUUGCGGCAGACAUAUUUUCCCAACCAAGCGACAAUUUUCCUUUCAAGAUGUCUCAAAACUCCUUUACUCCCCCUGUGGACAGCGACGGUGACAUCGUCAUGACGGAUGACAACGAUAACGACCACCACCACCACCAUCCACCAGCUCUCAGACGUCCUCAUUCUCCUCUUCCAGCACCUUCUCGCGAUUCCGCUGCACAGGCCGCGAUUCCUGCCAACCGGAACAACAACCCACUGCUUCGUCUCUGGAGAAUCACGGGCUAUGGUGCCAACCCCGUCCCCAGCACACAGGGCCCACCACUGACGAUCGAUGGCGUGGACGUUGCACCUCCGACUCACCAGGGAAUACCGACGGAUGCGAUACUGCGUUUCUACACUCAGUCUCGCACUCCCGAGCCCGUCACCCGCCGCGUCGAGUCUCCACUUGUUGAGACCGAGCCCGGACCCCGAACGGCGCGCACCACCGGCACUGGGAGGUUUUGCGUCGCGUGCAUGGACGAGUUGUCAAGCGACGAGUUCAGGGUGGAAUGCGGGUGCCUGUACUGCGUGGGAUGCCUCAACGCGGUCUUCCGGGCCGGGUGCGAGAGUAGGGCCUCGUUCCCACCGCGGUGUUGCGGGGUGGCGCUUCGCAUCUCGGCGUGGGGAUCGGUCCUCGAGGACGACGUGGUCCGGCGGUACAAGAUGGUGGAGGCCGAGUUCGCUUGCACUCGACCCCUGUACUGUGCGGCGGCCAGGUGUUCUGCGUUCGUGCCCGAGACCGGGUACGAGGGUCGAGCGGCCAGGUGUCCUGCGUGCGAGAGGGAGACGUGCAGAGAGUGUCGGAGGCUCAUGGAUGAGCACGACGUCGAAUUCCACCGAAACGACCCGCCGGGCCACCCUGGCCACCCCCUCUGCCCGAAGGCGACCAAGGGCGAAAAGGCGCUGUUGAGAUUGGGCAAGGAGAAAAAGUGGCCAAGGUGCCCCUCUUGUCAGACCAUGAUCGAACGCAACGAAGGUUGUGAUCACAUGGAGUGCGUCUGUGGCGUCGAGUUUUGUUACCGAUGUGGCGAACUGUUCGACGAGGAUGACUGGUGCGGGUGUGAGUUGAGGGGCCAGGCGGACAGCGAAGAGAACAGUGAAGAUGAAGACGAGGAGGACGAGGACGAAGAAGACUCCGAGACAAGUGAAGAUGGGGAUGAUGAGGAGGAGGAGGAGGAGGAGAAUGAGGACGAAGAUGACUCCGAGACAAACGAAGACGAGGAUGAUGAUGAUGAUGAUGAUGAUGAUCAGGACGAAGAAGACGUCGAUACAGAUGAAGACGAUGAUCAAGAUGAGGACGAAGAAGAUGUCAUUGAGGAAGAGGACGACGAGUGGCCGGAUCACCGCCUCGCCAUGGACAUCCGUCGUGGUGGUAGUGGUGGUGGUGGUGGAUGUCUACACGACGAGGUGAUGGACGGAACAGACGAGACUGGCAUUUGUCAUGGGUGUCUUGGGGACAAGGUUCUCUACACCUGUGCUUGGUGUAGGAUUGAGUUGUGCGACGAGUGUCUCGAUCGAGUGGCACGCAAUGUCUAAGAACGGCCGAACCGAUUUUGAAGAGAGACGGAUACCAAAGAUUGAGACUCGAAACCGAGACCCAUACUGGGACCUUGUACACUGAGAAUCAACCUAAACGAUACUUUUUGAGAAUAUCUGAGGUUCUAUGAACAUUGUGGAUUCAGA